AUGCCAGCAUCCAUGGAACCUUCUCCGUUUGAGAAGCUUACGUUUACGGACUACAAGCACGCCGUGGCUGGACAUGCCGGCACAAUGUGCGAUGAAUCUGGCGCCAUUUUUGUCAAACCGUGCACCCAAGCCGAAAUAGACUUCUACGAAUCAGCCGUUGGAAACUACCCGAAAUUCGCCGAAAUCAUGGCAAAACACAUGGGUCAAAUGAGCCUUAUGGCCAAUUCACCAGAGAAUAUAGAUGGCAGCAUCAUGUCAGCGGUGGCUGGCGUCAUUUCAGAAUCCGGCCAGGUCGAAUCUUCAGCAGAACGAAUGAUUGCAUCACUUCGAGAGCAGAUCGCGAAUGCUCCGGAAACACCUACACCUGUGGAUAGAGUAACUUGGGUGCCUUCACAAGGGAAAAGAAUCAACACAACCAAGAGCGUGGUACUAGAGAACCAGACGUUUGGUUACAAGCAUGCCAAUGUUCUCGACUUGAAGUUAGGGACCCGUCUGUAUGCAGACGACGCACCUGAGCAGAAAAAAGAGCGGUUCGAUAAGAUUAGCAGGGAGACGACACAUCAUAACCUCGGUUUCCGUAUUGCUGGCAUGCGUGUUUUCCGUGGUUCAGAAGACGCCUCAGAAUUGGACGACGAAGAAUAUAAGGUCUACGAUAAGGACUACGGUCGAGUCACUGUUAAUGAUGAUAACGUUUCGGAAGAACUAAAGAGGUUCAUUUUCAACAAGGCUGCGGGCAUCGACGAAGAAUUGGGCAAGGCUAUUUGUGCGGAAUUUGCUCGAAAGCUUGCUGAAGUAGUCGAAGUCAUGUCUAGCCAUGAAAGCCGCAUGUACUCUUCAUCACUUUUGUUUGUGUUUGAAGGUCAUGGUGACACGCUUCUGAAUGCCAUUGAAAAGAACAACACAUACGUUGAGGAGCACAAGGAGCGCCAAAGCAAGAAAGCGUCGGACCCUCGAAGUACCAAACGAACUGAUAGUGCCAUUGGUUUGGACGAUGAGGAAUCUGACGACUGCUCCGACGACAAUGAUUCAACAGAAUCUAAGGGGUCCCUGCCGCCGAUUUGCAGUCUCAAGCUUAUUGAUUUUGCCCACGCUGCAUGGACUCCGGGAGAAGGACCUGAUGAAAAUACAAUCAAGGGUGUGAAGGCGUUGGAGGCCAUUUUCACCGAAAUGGCAAAAUAA